AUGUUGAAAGGUGAUGUCACCUUAGAGGCGGAAUCACAGACGGCCUUAAUCUAUUCGUUGUCUAUCAUCUUCGUUACUCUUUCCACUGCGAGUGUUGGUUUAAGGUUAUACACCCGUGGCAAGGUCCUUUCGGUCUUAGGUCCCGAUGAUAUUACCAUCACCAUUGCUCAGGUUCUUGCAAUCGCGGUAUCGGUUACCACAAUUCUGGAGGCUAUAUGGGGGCUUGGUCAACAUACGAAGUUCGUCCCUCUAGAGUCGACUCUCAAACAGUUGAAGUGCCUUUAUUCCAACAUCUUGAUCUACAAUGCCGCCCAGAUCAUUACCAAGAUCUCCUUCCUAAUCCAGUACCGGCGGCUGUUCCCCGGAACGGGAACUCAGAGGGUCUGCCUCUGGCUUCUCGUCUUUGUCGUCGCCUGGGGUAUUACGCAGGAAUUCCUCGCUGGAUUGGCAUGCUCACCACUUGCGGCCAUCGUUCCUAAGAUGGCUGAUAAGUGCAUCUCCCCGCUUCCAAUUUGGUAUCUCACUUCAUCGAUGAAUAUCGUAACCGAUUUCAUGAUAUUUGUCAUUCCAGUGCCUUCAGUCCUUAAGUUACAGAUGCGAACAAGGCAAAAAUUGCUGUUGUGUGCCCUCUUUUGUCUUGGCUUCUUUGCAUGUAUCAUCUCCCUAGUCCGUCUUUCAACUCUCCACAAGGGAAUCAAUACUACGGAUCCAAUGUGGGAUAACGCACCCACGGCAUAUUGGUCAGUCGUGGAGCUGAACUGCGGAAUUCUUUGCGCUUGCUUACCGACUUUGCGGCCGUUGAUAUCAAAGAUUGUUCCAAGAUUCUUGUCGACAAAGAAUGGCACUUGUAGUACCACUAGAAUCAGCCAUCAGCUCAGCACACUACAAAAGAAGAGUCGGGCAGAAGCGGAAAUGGACGACAGAAUUUACAUCCAAAAAGAAGUAGAGCUUCAUAGUACAACGGAGCUGAGGACAAACGCUGCCGGAUAUCCACCAUCACUAGAUGAUGGAAGUCAACAUGGGAGCUCCCCUGUGAGAGGUUAUUCUAAGGAAGUGUCUUGA